CCGGCCUCCUUUCGGCGGCUACUCAGCCUCACAUCUGCCUACCGCGCUUCUGCACAAGCAGCCCGGCUCUUUGAUCCAUCCUCUCGGAACCACCCUCAGCAUCCGAUCUUACUUUUUCUUUCACCCACAAGGGCAGCAGCUGGCCACCCCCUUAACCGGUGCAAACACCCAACCAAGCCAGUGGUCGGUGCUUUCCUUCAGCUAGUAUUUUCCCCCCUGCUUGUCUUUCUCUGGGGCUCCCCACGAGCCACUUCAAUGCCCCUCCAUCCUCACAAAUUGUUCCGUUGGUCUGUUUAACCGACGAGUUGUAAAUCUUGAAGACUUUAUUAUUAUUAUUAUUUUGAUUCUUUUAAUUUCAUCCCCCCCCUGUGGGCAACGGAGCAAUGAAAUUUCCAAUCGAGACGCCAAGAAAGCAGGUGAACUGGGAUCCUAAAGUGGCCGUGCCUGCAGCAGCCCCAGCAGUGUGCCAGCCCAAGAGUGCCACUAACGGGCACCAUCCUGUUCCUCGACUCUCCAUUUCCUCCCGAGCCACGGUGGUAGCCAGGAUGGAAGGCGCCUCCCAGGGAGGCCUGCAAACAGUUAUGAAGUGGAAAACAGUGGUUGCCAUCUUUGUGGUGGUCGUGGUCUACCUCGUCACUGGUGGCCUUGUCUUCCGGGCAUUGGAACAGCCCUUUGAGAGCAGUCAGAAGAACACAAUUGCCUUGGAGAAGGCAGAAUUCUUGAGAGAUCAUAUCUGUGUGAGCCCCCAGGAACUGGAGACACUGAUCCAGCAUGCGCUUGAUGCCGAUAAUGCGGGAGUCAGCCCGGUAGGAAACUCUUCCAACAGCAGCAGUCACUGGGACCUUGGAAGUGCCUUCUUCUUUGCUGGGACGGUCAUCACGACCAUAGGGUAUGGGAAUAUUGCUCCAAGCACUGAAGGAGGCAAAAUCUUUUGUAUUUUAUACGCCAUCUUUGGGAUCCCGCUUUUUGGUUUCUUAUUGGCCGGAAUUGGAGACCAACUUGGAACCAUCUUUGGCAAAAGCAUUGCAAGAGUGGAAAAGGUUUUCCGAAAAAAGCAAGUGAGUCAGACCAAGAUCCGGGUCAUCUCAACUAUUCUCUUCAUCUUGGCUGGCUGCAUCGUGUUUGUGACAAUCCCUGCUGUCAUCUUUAAAUAUAUCGAGGGGUGGACCGCCCUGGAGUCCAUCUACUUUGUGGUAGUCACUCUGACCACAGUGGGCUUUGGUGAUUUUGUCGCAGGGGGAAAUGCUGGCAUCAAUUACCGUGAGUGGUAUAAGCCGCUGGUGUGGUUUUGGAUCCUCGUUGGCCUUGCCUACUUUGCAGCUGUCCUCAGCAUGAUUGGAGACUGGCUGAGGGUUUUAUCUAAAAAGACGAAAGAAGAGGUGGGUGAGAUCAAAGCCCAUGCAGCUGAGUGGAAGGCUAAUGUCACUGCUGAGUUCCGGGAGACCAGAAGGCGGCUCAGCGUUGAGAUCCAUGACAAGCUACAACGGGCAGCCACCAUCCGAAGUAUGGAGCGCCGGAGGCUGGGCUUGGACCAGAGGGCCCACUCACUGGACAUGCUAUCCCCUGAGAAGCGCUCUGUCUUUGCAGCCCUGGACACAGGCCGUUUCAAGGCCUCAUCCCAGGAGAGUAUCAACAACAGACCAAACAACCUACGUCUUAAGGGGCCAGAACAGCUCAACAAACAUGGGCAGGGCGCUUCUGAGGACAACAUCAUCAACAAGUUUGGGUCCACCUCCAAACUCACAAAGAGGAAAAACAAAGAUCUCAAAAAGACCUUACCCGAGGAUGUUCAGAAAAUCUAUAAAACCUUCCGGAAUUACUCUCUGGAUGAAGAGAAGAAAGAGGACGAGACAGAAAAGAUGUGUAACUCAGACAACUCCAGCACAGCCAUGCUGACAGAGUGUAUACAGCAGCAAGCUGAGAUGGAGAAUGGAAUGGUACCCAUGGACACCAAAGACCAGGGGCUGGAGAACAAUUCUUUACUUGAAGACAGAAACUAAUGUUAAAGACACUGGAAUUGGACUACAUGUUGUCUUUUUCUGUUGUUUUGUUUUCUUUUUGUCUUGUUUUUGUUUUAAUAUUCACACUGAGACACGUGCCUUAAAUAGACUUCUUGUUAGUCCAAAAUUACAUAGCAUUGAAGAAUAUAUUUCACUGUGCCAUACACAACUGAAAGCUUGCUCUGCCAAAAUGAAUCAAACAGGAGCUUUGUUUCAGAUAGUGGCAGCGAGACCCAGGUCAGCUGUCCCUGUGAGGGGAGUUCCAGUGGCUAUGCUACACUCUUCACCUAGUGCCGCAUGGUACACAGGCAAGGGCAGCUUUCCCUUAGACCAGCCUCCGAGAGGACAGGUUUGUCUUUUGAAUUGAGUCUCCUUUUCCCCAACCGACCCUUAGUGAUACAUUGUGCACAGAAGAGGCGGCUGUUUGGGAGGGACCUGGUGACUCUAGCAAGAGUUUGAGUGGACAUUUUGGUAGGCCACAGUGCAGAACACCUACUCCAAAAUGAAUGUCCUUGGGGCCCAAGAGUACCUGGAAUUUGUUUGAAACUGAUCAGAGCACACACGUUUUAUAAGGUGCAAUUGCUUUUCUCAUUAAAAAAAAUCACAGACACAUCCCACUGUGGAUAUCUCCUUAACCAAUGACAGACGUCCACUGAGCUUUAUCCUUUUCACAGGAUAGAUAGUGUAGGCGGACUUGCAAGCAUUGGUGAAUACACCGCCUCAGCCGCUGCCUCGUCAGAAGGCAGAUCAUGCAAUUUUCUUCAGUGGGUGUGAAGGUAAAAAAAUAAAUAAACUGAUUUUGGAACAUUCAUACUCACUUUUCUAUGGGGACUUUAAUUACAACUUGUUUUGAUAGGAGGGAGGAAAUACCAAAAUGGUUGCCUUUGCAUGAUGCCGGUGGCUUGCUGUUCUGUCUAGCUGAUCCUAAUUUUUUUUUUUUUAAAUAAAGACAAAAAUAGACAUCUUGCAUUUGUGAGACACACCGAGGAGGACCAUGGCAUCUUUCCAUCUCAGGGCUUCCUGUCCUUUUGGGUGUCUUAGAGUAGAUUUAACU